UUUGUGCUGGAUGGCCGCCUUAAAGGCCUUCUCUUUGGUACUGUUGCGUUGUCUCUGCCUCGUCCUUUAUGCGAUAUGUGUAACAAAGGAACCAUGGCGAAGAACGGCAAGGUUAUUGCGUUCACCGGAUAUGCGAAGGUUGUUCCUAGCAAGGGACCGACUUCAAACCAAUCUAAGCACUCUCAGAAAAGUCACACUAGGAUGUCACGCACAGAUUACAAAGACAACAAGGUCUCAAAUCGCUGCAUUGAGACUCGCAAAUCUGGGGAUUACGUGACUAAAUCUAAAAGCGUUGGAUACAAGCAGGAGGCAAGGACUACUUCAACCGUCAAAGUGACUGCUAAGGGGCAAGGAAUCACUAUCGAGCACCAGACUCAGGUGAAAGUCAAGAAGGUUGUUUAUCAAACUACUGCAAAAUCCUCCUCCAGCAAGCGCAUCAACUACUAUUAGGGUUCAUAUGCGUUCGAAGGCACUGGGUCUGUUCUUCGUAGUUCAUCUUGUGCCUUUUGCCGUCUUUUAGUGUUUCUGUUAUGUUUUGCAGUUCUUUCCUUUUCGUAAAGACUUGGUCAUCGCUGUCUUACUCUGUGUUAAGCAAGUGCCUCAAUCUUCUUGUUCAAUCUUGGUUUCGAUACUGGAUUCUAGGGGGUGUUUGGAU